AUGGUUGAUUCGUGUGAUUGUACAAAAUCUCAAGUAUGUGAUACCAAUGGCCCUUUUAAUGUGAAUCAACAACGGUCAUCUAUUGGUAUAACAUAUGGUCAACAACAAGUUGGUUCUGGCACGUAUGCCAAUAAUAAAUUCGAUGUUUCACUAAAUGGUAAUCGUUGUAAAGGUCGAUAUAAGACUGGAAUAGCAGAAUUAACGUGCCAAUAUACGGGUGGAAAUGCCUGUUACACAAAACUCAGAUGUAUUGCUGGUAAUUGUCUUAAUCCAAGACAAAUAAGUGUAUCAUCAUCCAUGAAAAUGACAACACAAGUACCAAUUUUAGUUUUACCAUUUAUAAUAAUGUUCAUCUUAUUAUGA